AUGUGGUCUACGCUAGAGGCGUACAGUAAUGAAGCGCUUUUCUGCAAUUAUGAAUAUGAGGAGGAAGAAUGGAGCGACUGGUCACCAUGCAGUGUCACCUGUGGACACGGGAAUCAGAAGAGGAUUCGUUCGUGUGGCUACGCCUGCACUGCCACAGAGUCACGGACAUGCGACUUAGAGCGUUGUCCUGAUGACAUAGUUCCUGUGACCGAACUGGCUCCUCACGAGGUGGCAAACAGCUCAGAGCUUUUUGACACAGAUGUUGACAGCUGUGAGAAGUGGCUUAACUGCAAGAACGACUUCCUCCAGAAAUAUCUACACCAGGUCCUGACCGAAUUGCCUAACUGCCCUUGCAUCUACCCAUCCGAGGUGGUCUACAGUGCUGUCAACAUCUUCGAUAGGAAGUUGCAAAAGACCUAUCGCUGGCGAGAUGCCAGCGGACCCAAAGAGAGGCUGGACAUCUACAAACCGUCUGCGAGGUUCUGCGUUCGCUCGAUGCUCUCUUUCGACAGCACCACAUUGGCUGCACAGCACUGCUGUUACGACGAUCACAUGAAGCUCAUCACUCGAGGCAAGGGCGCCGGAGCACCCAACCUCAUCAGCACAGAGUUCUCCCCGGAACUUCAUUACAAAGUGGACGUGCUCCCGUGGAUCCUGUGUAAAGGAGACUGGAGCCGCUUUCAUUCGGUUCGGCCUCCCAAUAACGGUCUACAGUGUGUCGAGAACCCACAGGAAGACGUCUACAUGAAUGAACUGGAAGAGGCCAGGGAGUACUGAUCCAAGGAAAACUGGAUUUCAAAUAUUAUUGGCACUCCACCAGUCUUGAAGGCAAUAAAAGCCUCCUACUUUCUAAUUCGGCGGCAGUUCUACAGAUAUUGACUCUCAUUGGUCAAACUAUUUAGCUGACACUAAAUGGAGCUGUAGAGAGAGAUUCGUCUGAAGACUAAAGCUUAGAUACUGUCACUGUGUACAGCUCCACUGCAACUGGUCCAAAGUCUAGAUCUGGAUUGGAAGACCAUGAUGCAAUUUUCUCUGUUGUUUCUUCUUUGACGUUACGUGCGUGCUCCAAACAAAGUUCAGCGACAGUUCUUCAAUGGCAUUCUCUGGAACAAGUUCACUGUAUUUGCAUUGGAUGCAUGUUUGUUUUCCUUCAGCGUCCUCAAAGACUCUGAUCCACCAUUUAAGGAAUUCCAGUAAAGCUGCUAGAAUUUCGAGAUAUUCAAAAAUGCAACAGAAUGCUGAUUUUGUUGUCUUUAAGCCUGAAGCUCACUCCUGGCCUCGCUUCAACCCGUGCAAGAUCAGUCCAAACAAAUCAAACAAAAGCCACACAAUUCACAAACCAAUUCAACUCUUUAGAGCUUGUAUAAUGUUACGCCGAAUGUGUCAUUGGACAGAUAUUUAUGCAGGAUCAUUUGACCUAUCUUUUAGCACAUAACUGUCGCGGAACGACAUCGGGGAGUCUGAGAAACUUUAGGAAACCAUUUUUUGAACUUGCCUUUGAGAAGACGUCCCUUAGCAAUGGGAGGCUUGUUUUUUAAAAUCUGAGGUAUAAUUGGAUCCCAUUCUGUUUUCUUUUUUGCCUUUCAACACAACUCAGCUUUGUACUGAAUGCAAUAUGAGACAGCCGCCUAACACCAGUGUAGGGGGCUGUCAGAGCUCAGUUGAUGGAUUGAAGUCUUCCUCUAAAGGUGAGGUGAAGGUGACACUUUUUGUAAACGAACAUAUCUUUAAAUACAAUGGCUCUUUCAGUGUCUCUGUUCAUCCUUGAGUCCCGAUUAAAGCCUGGAGGCUCACAAGGGAUGUAGUUUGAAGGACCUAAGCCGCCCUUUUCAGCACAAGUGUUAUCGUGAUCUCUUUGUGAGAUGUUGACAUGGAAUGCUGGUGAUUUGAUUCCUAAAUUCCCAGUGACAGAUGACUGUUCCAUGUAGCAAUGAACACACCCACCUUGUGAUUUUAAGCACAGUUCUAUCAAAUCUGCUUUAUACUUUUUUCCUAGAAAAAUGAAUAAGAAUACAGUAUUUGCAUGGAUUACUGUUGAAGCUGUUACUAAAAGGUGCAUUGUUCAAAUCCCAGGAUGGAGACUGCAAGGUAAAGACUUCAAUGCUGUUGUCAUCAAGGGAUUUUUGAUACAAAACCAUUAUGCAAUUGCCGUUUUCGCUGUGAAUUGGAUCAAGCAAUAUUGUUGUGAUUUAAAACACCAAUUAUCAGUGCACUCGUCCAGAAGCUUGCACACGGUUCAUACUUGGUUCAUCUCAAGAUCUACAUUCCUGUAAAGUUUAGUUAUAACUCUAAACUUCUGAACUGAAAAAGAUUAUCUUCUGAAAAAGGUAAUCAUGGCUUGAAAAAUACAGAUAACACUAAACUCUGCAGAAAACUAAGCCAAGCACAUUAGCAUCACUUAUGAUCCCUGUCAGACCUGAGCAAAACCGUAAAGAUAUUUUCAUUGAGAUAACAGUAAAUGGCAACUAUGAAAACAUCAUUCAGUCCAGCUGUAAGAACUUUGGAAACAUUCAAAUACCCUGCUCUUUGUGGUGGUAUAUUUACUUCAAAUAUUACAGACAUAAUUUUUUUUGGUAUUUGUGGUAUUUGGUAUAAUUACAUUUUAGCAAAAGUCAAAAAACUUUGCAUACAAUUCACUGUAGUUUCCAGCUGAAAUGAACACUAGAGGCUGUAAUACACCAACAGCCUUUAUUCCUUUUAACCUUUCCUUUUAUUGAUUAAUAUUGACUUAACAUUGCCAUAUUCAUGUUCAUGGAAGUUUUAUGAAAUGUGCAAGAAGCAACGCAAUAUCAUUUUGCAGAAAUGUCGCUACAGGUAUGUAUUUCCAAUGGUUCUGACUAGUAAAUCAAGUAAAUCUCAAUGUCUGCAUGCCCAAGUUUUGACUUUGGCUUUGUGUCACAAUAUUAUAUUUUCAGUAAAUAAACUGAUGAAUGAGGGUAUUUUGAUUGGAAAGGGGAUCUUUGUCCCUUUUUUUUCUAAUUUGCAAUACUGUCUAUUGAAGUUUACGAAUAAUACACUAUUUUCUAGGUACAUUUGAUAGUAACAGUUCACCUUUCAGAGCUUCAAAUAGAAAGGCACUUUAUUUAAAUAUCAAUAAUGGAAUAUAUGUACUAUGUGUAUAUAAUCGUAUAUUGAAUUAAACUUGUAUAAUUUACUGAUUUAAAACAAAUUAUCUUAUUGUAAGAGGAUAAAUAACAAAUGCUGCAUUUUUCAAGAAUAUUGUAUUUAAUGUAAAAUUUUGGCAUGUCAUUUUUAACUUCAGAUUUAUCCUUGUACAGUAUUUAUUGCUUUUGAUUUUGUAACACAUUGUUAUUAAGUGGAUAAUCAAAUAAUUCUAUGCACUAUAUAAAUCUGAGUUUUCUGGUCUGUGAAAAGGAAAGUGCCAUACCACACACCGUUCUACUUCAAUAAUGUUUCUAAAGUCAUCUUUUGUUGUAUUAAACACUCUUUGGCCAGAUAUAAUAAAUGUAACUUUGAUAA